CGGAGCCUCCUGUCACGCCCAUUGGAUCUGCUUGUCAGUGCUGAGAAAAGCAUUUUGCCGACAGCUCAGAAAUGUCUCCGAUAAAGGACUUUAAUGUGACUUACGGAACAAUCGACGAAGGCGAUACUUUUUCUGAAGGAGAUACUAUAGUUGGAACAGUUAGUUUCAACCUGACAAAAGCCGUCAAAGUCAAGAGCGUUUCUGUAAAGGCCAAAGGAGACGCAAAAGUACACUGGUCAGAAGGAAGUGGAGAUGACGAAAGGUCGUACAGUGAUCACAGGAGAUAUUUCAAAGUGAAAGAACUCUUAGUUGCAGAAAAUGCUAAAGGCAUUUCACUUCCCCAAGGGGUCCACCUUUUUAAGUUCAGGCUUAAAAUCCCAGAAGGGAACAUGCCAUCAUCCUUCACAGGAUGCCAUGGAAAAAUUGUCUACAUGGUUGAAGCAAAGAUAUCCAGGAGCUGGCGAUGGCCUUCUGUAGUACAAAAAGAGAUCAAGUUUGUUUCUAAGGCAUUUCUACACACUUCUCAAGUAAUGUCUCCGCAAUCUGGUACAGUGAGUAAAAAGAUGAGUGGUCUCUCCAAGGGACAGGUCCAAAUGUCUGCUACUAUUAACAGAACAGUCUGUUUUCCAGGUGAAACUUUAUCUGUUGUCGCCAAAAUCUGCAACUCUUCUUCCAAAGACAUGAGGCCCAAAUUCAAACUUCAGCAGAGAAUAGUGUACCGUGCUGGUAGCUCUUCUACAUCCAGUGAGAAAACUCUAUUUAAAAUGGUCGGGGAGAAUAUAAAUCCAAACUCGGAGGAAAGUGUCUCCUGCCAAGUGAAGAUUCCCGUUGAUGUCAUCAUCUUCCAUAACUGUGAAAUCAUCUCAGUGGAAUAUUACAUCAAGGUGUAUGUGGACAUUAGUUUUGCCAUUGACCCAGAGGUGGUGUUUCCACUGGUCAUCGUUCCUCCCAGUUUUGCUGCCUUUCAGCCUGGUGAGCCUCUGGGGCCUUGCCCACCUGGGACAGCCGGGGCUCCAAGCUACAGCGACUUCACUUCCUUUAACCAGUGGCCACAAGGUGCCCCACCAUAUGGGUUCUCAGCUCCAGCGUUUGCAUCACCCUCAGUACAAUAUCCAGGAUCUACUGCUCUGCCUCUGUCUCAGCAGGAAGAACCACCUCCAUCGUAUACGUCUCUUUAUCCUCACCAGAAUGAACAACCGUAGAAGCUCAACUGGAUACUGAGCAAAUGGAUGAACUAAAUGUUAAUAAUGACAACUUAGUGCAACCGGAUUAACAAAUCUGACAGGUACCUG